CUUUUCACCUCACUAAAAGUAAGACUAAAACAUUAAGCUGCGAAAUAUUCGCCUUUGCACUCCCCAAUGAAGUUUCUUUGGUUUCGAUGUGACAUCAUUAUCCCAUCCACUGCAUUAGCAGUUUUUGUUGUUUUUUUAGCUCUCGUUGGGUUUUUUGUGAAGAGGGAAUUCGACACUGCUGAAAACGCAGAGCAGAACUGCAGGUUAGUUAGUCAUUUGUGAUUUAACAACUGAAAGUUAGAAAGGCUGAAAGUCUGAAAGGGACAUGCGAUAUUUAGUAGCCACAUACAAUUGGAGCCUGACUCAGUGACUGCUUCUUCCCUUCUUCCGGCGUCACUAUAUAACCUGCUCUCUCUAACCCCCACCCCCUCUCCUAAAGAAAGGGGCUUAGGGGGGAAAAUGUCAUAAGACCUGGGCGUGGAGGGGAAAAGAGAAAAAAAAGAAGACAGUAUCCUAAUUUUAAUUAAAUUUUAAAGCAAAAUAUCAGGCCUGAUUUAGAAGUAUAAAAAAUUUUCAAUUGAAGGCCAGAGAACCCUUUCCUACCAGUUCAGUACCAAUGGCACUGUUAAUGAAAUUAACAUUUUCAUUUUAAUGUUGUACUUUAUACUAUACUGACUGAGCUGUAAUUUAGGCAUAGGCUCAUUUUAAGUUUAAUCCUAAUAUGAUCUUAUGGCUAUGGGCCGAUUGGAUUAUCAUUAGACUUAGGCCGCAGUGGCUUGGGGUUGUUCAAAGACGUUUUAUCAAUUAAAAAUAAAAGUUAGCCCUGUGUACUGUACAAUUUAGUCUAAUAAAGACUACACAUAAGUUAUAAGCUUACAUGCUAAGAUUCGAAAUUGGUUAAGAAAUAAUGUAUGCACCUGAACUGCACUUUUACCGCCUUAUCUAACAAUUUCUAAAUUUAAAAUAUUGGCUAUUGUUAAUUAUGUGAGGUGGUUAUUCUAACCCUUACUUACUCUGCCAUUUACCCUGCCUUGGAAAUAGGCCAUCUACAAGUGCUUUCCAUUCAUCUUGGUCCUAUGCUUUCCUUUCCAGUUGUUUCCAUGUGUCUCCCAUAAGUUGUGUGUCUGCUUGUGUCUUUUUGUAUUCUUUGGCCUUCCUCUCUUCCUUUUUCUCUGUGGAUUCCAUUAUAGGUACCGGUAUAAUCUGUUGACGUUUCCUGGAGAUUUACAGAGACUCAGAGAGUGUGCCUUAUCCACCUCCAUCUUUUUCAUAUGAUGUCUUCAGCCUGUCUCCUCAUGGUAUGUCCUCAGUCCUCUGUAGUAAAUCUUUGUUUUUGAUGAUGGUGGGUAAUUUUAUGUUCAGAAUCUUUAUCAUACAAGUGAACAUCUUCUGCGUGAUGCUCAAUGUUGUAAUUUUCAGCUCCAUAGUGUAGGACUGAAUUGAUAUUAGUGAUGAAAAUCAUUUGCAGAGGCAGCUCCUUUGAUUCCCAUAUUUUCAUUAACAGCACACAUGCUGACCUAGCUUUACAAAUGAGUUGGGUAUGAGAAGGCGAUAGCUCCCGUUAUUAUCAGACAAAGGGUUCCGGGCACUCGAGAUCAGAGGUUAGCUAUUUUAUUAUGAUACUGAAUUACCGUAUUUAUUGGCGGAAAACACCCCCUGAGUAUAACACGCACCUCAAUUUAAGAAGGAAAUUUCAGGAAAAAAAACUAAACAUUAUAUCAGCGUAUAACACACGCACACAUCAUUUGCCCCCUAUUUUCAGGGAGAAAAAGUGCAUGUUAUAUGCCAAUAAAUACGGUAAGCCAGUACAAGCACUAAGUAACUGUUUGUUUGGUCAAAUGUUGUCUAUUUAAUAGUUCAAAAACAUCAAAAUUUUGAGAAAUAUACACUUGGUGGAAGUUGGGUUGUCUCAUUUCCUUUUUCCAGUCAUGCAGAGGGACAGAUGGUCAGAGAUGACCUUCUUUUAAAUGUUUAUCCAAGCAUGUUAGCAAAUGGCAAAGCGAAAUGCCAGCAAAUUAGGCAGGUUGGUGAGAUUUUAUGGGCAAAGGUUAACUACUUGGGGUUUCAAAGGUAUGAAUUGGACCACACAAAGGCAGAGCAUCCUAGGUAUGUAAGCUGGCGUAGAAGAGACAGUCUAGGAAGGACAGUUAAGUUGGAGACAAGGACAGUUAAGUUGUGGAGGGACAUAGGAAUAGUGAACUGUUAGUAACAGUCAUGUCAAAGUGCUAGUCAGAUUAUCAAAAGAACUAUGUUUUGUCAAGAAAUACAAAAUAAAUUUCAUUAUCAAUUUUGUACCAUCUGGAGUUUGAUAUUUAAGUCUUGUGUGCUUUUGUCUGUCUGAAUGCCCAGAUACCGGUACCUAAAAUGUAAAUCAUAGAGAGAGGCAGUUGAGUACUGACCACUCCUACAUUAUCAUUAAAUUUUGGAUCAUCUGGAGUUGUUUGGAUAUUUAAGUCUUGUGUGCUUUUGUCUGGCUGAAUUCCCAGAUACCUAAGAUAUAAAUCAUAGAGAGAGGCAGUUGUGUACUGACCAUUCCUACAUUAUCAUUAAAUAGUUUGUGACAAGUCAGGACUGAAGCCCUCCUCGUAACACCUGUUCUUUGACACAAGGCAAACCCUGACAUCUGCUUCUGAUCUACCCAAGUAGGUGAAGGCUUCCACCUCUCCCAGUGCAUUUCCUGCCAAGGGGAUGUGUUCUUAGUUCUGUUUAUCUUCAUGAUUUUUGUCUUGCUUCUAUCUACUUCAAUUCCAAGCUGUUCCAAAAUAGUGGCUACAUCCCUUGUCUUAUCCUGAAUUUGUUGUUGAUUGUGAGAUGCCAUCUUCAAAGUCUAGGUCUAGGUUUCCCAGGUUCUACACUGUAUCCCGUUCUUCAUUUUGUAUAUGGAUACUUUCCUUAUCCAGUCAAUGGCAAGGAGGAAAAGUAAGGGGGGCAAGAGACAUCCGUGUCUAACUCCUUAUUCUACUUUAAAGCCAUCUGUGACUCUCCUUCAUGUACGAUCCUGCAUGUCAUUCCUUCAUAAGAGUUUUGUAUAAUACUGACCAGUUUUUCUGGUGCUCCAUAAUGAUGGAGAAGUAUUCACUGGUAUUUUUCAUGCUAUCAAAUGCUUUUUCUUAAUCGAUGAAGUUUAAAUAUAGAUUAUUAUUUUGUAACUUUCUGAAAUUAAUUUCAAAUGAAAUUUAUUUUCCUUUUUUGAAGAAAAACAUAUAUUGAGUCUAAGGGACCUUGCACUAUUAAAUGCUGAUGCUAUGCACUUUUCAAAAUAGUCCUUGGUCAUUGGAUUUAAUGAAGCAGUCACUCUUUUCUCAUGAAGCUCCCAAAUUGUUUCACAGCAGAUGUUUGAGGUAUAAUUUAUAAAAAUGGCUCCUCAUUCAAAAAAGGUUGUUUAGUCGUAUCUUAACCCUAAUCUGAACUUUUAAUUCAAAUCAAAUUUUAUUGUUCUUCUUUCAAGAACAAAAGCAUUUGAGUCCAAGUGAUCCUAUGUGAUCCACAUGUGAUGUAUAUGGAUUUUAAAAAAAUCAAAAUAGUCUUAUGCCAUUUGAUGCCUUCCUAGAUAAGUAGUCAUUCUCAUCUCAUUAUCCCUAAAUCACAAUCAAUUCAUUUUGAUCUUCAACUUCAGGCUUACUGGCUAAUAUUAAGCAGAACAUUAUUAAUUAACAUUGUUAAUGUUAAGUAUUUGUAAAAUAUUUAAAGUUUAAUGGUAAUCUAUAAAAAUUAAUUAAAAAAAAAAAAUAUUUGGAUCAAUAAAAGAAUAAUAUCUUAUAAUCUUAUCUGAUGUGUAUGAAAAUCUGGACUACCUUUUCUUGGAAAAGUGCCAUACGACUGAUACUACCUGCUUUGAGAUCUUACAACCAGCAAUGAGCUACCUUUCCUAGUUUCCACCAUUGAGCAUGGAGUAGCUCUUUAAAAUCUUUUUUUAAACUGUAUCAUUCAUACAUUCCAACUUGAGCCAGGCUGACUGAUAUUAGGUAGCGUACAUCAUCAUUAUCAUCAGACUUACUGACAUUGGCUAGUGUACAUCAUCAUUAUAUUAUCAAACUGAAUGACAUUAGGUAGUGUACAUCAUCAUUAUUACCAGGCUGACUGACAUUUGGUAAUCUUCAUCAUCAUUAUUAUCAGACUGACCGACAUUAGGUAAUCUACAUCAUCAUUAUUAUACAAAUGAAUCUUUCAAUUAGAAAAAAAAAGACUAUAUCUAGCACUUUAAGAACUUAAAAUAAAUUAUAAAGUGUUAGCGGGAUAAUAACUGUGAAAGUAAAAUGACCAUUUUAGUAAAUUAGUUUAGAUUUUUUAAUUUACAGGUGUUAACAGUUAAGGCCCUGGCCUGGUUAAAUUAGCUUAAAUGUAUUAUUGCUUUAAAUUGAUGAGCAUCACUCAAUAGUUUAAUCAUAGAUAAUUAAAAUUGACAUACAUUAUUUACCUUAACAUAAACUUUUAAUCUCUUUUCUUUCUUAUGCCAGCUGAUGUGUUACCCACAACGGAUAUUAAAUAUUAGAAAAAAAACAAAAGAUUUAAGCAUGUACCUGUAUCUUAUUUGAUACAUUUUAUUUCAACAUUUAUUGGUUUUCAUAGAAUGGCUGAAGAAGCAUUAGCAAAUGCAGAUAAGUUCAAGUCAGAGGGACAUUCUGCUUUCGUUUUGGGAUACACUGGAGAAGUAGGGAAACUUCUGGUGGAUGAGUUGAACAGACUGAAAAUCUUCAAGCGAAUAGUUCUCAUAGGUCGUCGUCAAGUAUUUCUCAAUGUUGGCCCAGAAUUUGUAAGGAUAAUUUUGUAUAUUUUUGCGAUAAAUUAAACUUUACUUUUAUCUAUACAUAUAAAAAUUCUUUGACUUGCUGAAAUUAAUUUUUUUUUGUCCCGGGUAUCUAUGUAUUCAAAUACAAUUGAUUUGAAAUGCAUUUUAUAUAAUAUUUUUAUGGAAGUAUUUUUUUUCUUAUUACAAUGUAUGUAAAAUGUUUGACACAUGUGAUUUGUGGUUGCCUUUUAAUGCACUCCAGUUAAAUUUCUGAAUUAAGAAUUUUAUUUUCAUUUUUUUAAUCAUAAUUUAUUAGACAUUUGACAUUGUUCGCUGUUACUUUCUUUCUGUUUUAGGUUCUUUGUUUUAGGUGUAGAGCUUUCAUUAAAUGGAAUUAAUGAUAAAUUAGAAAUACUUGACAUUAAGUGCUGCCUGUGGAGGGGGUUGAAAUGUCUGUUUAGAAAAUGAAACUAAGAUGACUUUUCUAUUUUUUAAGUUUAAAUUUGUAUCAGAAAAUCUAGUUACUAGAAGCUUAGUAAGGGUGAUGGGAAUACGGCAUAUUUUCAAAACCAAAAAUUUUCAGCAGUUAUUGAAUAUUUCCCUUUUCAGGAGCAAAAAGUUGUAGACUUUGAAAAUAUUGAUGAAUAUAAAGAUGCCUUUAAAGAUCUAGACACUGGAUUUUGUUGUCUGGGUACAACGAGAGCUAAAGCUGGUAUUGUGAGUAUUAAACAUCCUUAUAAUAUUGAAAGAUAACCUUUAUAGAACACGGGCCUAGAGUUGUUAACAUUUUUUUAAAAUUGUCACUAAAACUAUGAUUGAAAAUCCACCAAGAAAGCAUUAAAUAAAUACAACUAGUACUAACAAGUUUGGGAUUUCAAAUCCUCUUGUUUGUUUCAUUCAUUAAUAAUAAAACUUGGCUUGGAAUAAUUUAUUUUAUUUAUCGUAAAUUUUCAAUGUAACUCUAACUUCUGCUGUUACCACCCGUGCAUGACCUUCCAUAAUUUAUAUUCUAUUGUUUUACUAUACAUGUUUUGUAAUGGAAAGUAUAUAUUUUUUAAUAAUCAUUGCAGCAAGGCUUUAUCCGAGUUGACCAUGAUUAUGUUCUACUGUCUGCUGAGAUUGCCAAAGCACAAGGUUGCAAACAUUUCACACUUGUUUCAUCUCAAGGGGCUGACAAAAAUAGCAGCUUUUUAUACCCAAGAACAAAGGUGAGAAUAGAUCUAUAAAAAAUAUCAGGUAGAGAAAAUAAGAAAAUAAAAAAAAUUUUGUUUACAAACAUUCAUGUUUUUGUUAGAGACAAAUCUACUUUAAAUGAAAAUAAUGUCACAGUAAUGGCUUAAUCUUUGUGCUUUAAUUUUUUUUUUGUCUGUGGUUUUCCCCACAAUGUCUUUUCAUAAUUUGUGACACAAUGAUAAUGAGAUUUGUUUUGAUGAAUCUGCUUUAUACUACCACAAAUAAUGGAGGAAAUUUAGGAUAACAAAUUCUACCUAAAAAUAAGGUUUUACAUUUUCAUGCAUGUGAGAAUAUAAUGCAACCAAAUCUUUUUGGCCCACUCACAUUUGGUGACCGAGCUCUUAUCCUAUCUGGACAUAACACAAGAAAUAAAGCGCCCCUUUGAAGGAAUAUUAGUAUAGUUUUAUUGGUUUGACCACAGUUCAUUUUAAAUAUUAAAAUAAUUUAAAGGAUUUUAUUAACAAUUCAUAUUUAUUAUGUUUAUUUGUAUUGUUAUAUUAUGGACAGAUUAACAGAUUGCAUUAUAAGAGCUUUUUAAAAAGAAGAGUAAGGGGUUCGCAUUAUACAUGGAUUGCAUUAUGUGCAGUAAUAUAUCAUAACCUUAUAAAUAUUCAACAAUCCUGGAAGACUUUCAUCAAAUCAAAAAUAGUUUCUACAUAUCCCCAGCAAUACUUGAGUAAAACGCAUUUUAAGAUUAUACCUUACUGCGAUGUUUAAUCAAAACCAUUAGUAAAAUGUAACAAAUAUCAAAACUACCACAUUUUUAAAAUUUUCCAAAGAAAUUUCCUUUGUAAUUAAAAAUUAUGAACAUAUUGUCACAUCUAUAGACAUAAAUCUAAAAGGAGUUUAAAGAAAAAAAAUUUCCAUCUUAUCAGGGUCAAGUUGAAGAAGCACUGAAAGUGAUGCACUUUAACAGACUGUCCAUUUUCAGGCCUGGGUAAAUGAAGGAUUUCACUCUAACUUUGUUGGAUAUAUAUUUUUAAUGAUUGGUGAUUUCCCAAUCAAUUCUUUGUUUAUCAGACAUCCCCGUAUUCAGCUCAUUAAAAUAUAUGAAGUCUUUGAAUUUUUACUUUGUUUUAUUCUGUGAACCAUUAUUAAACUUCAGUCUCAAGAUCUAUGAUUUAAUUUCCUAAAUUUUAAAAUUAAAUUAUUGAUCUGUUGAUGAUUGAAGAGAAAUCAAUUCUUCUACCUUCUUAGUGUCCUCAUGUGUGAUCGUCAGGAGAGUAGACCCAUGGAGGCAGCCUUCCGUGCAGUCCUGAAACCUGUGUCUUAUUUUUUCCCAACUGCAAUCACAACACCGGUCCAGAUUGUAGCCAGGGCAAUGAUCAACAAUGCAAUCGCUUCCACAAACAGUUCCACUCUAGAGCUCCAUGACAACAAAGCCAUACAUCAACUUUCUGGUAUUUCAAAAGGAUGCAACAAUUUGAGAAGAAGCCUAUCUGCUCCUGAAAGCACCAAAACUAAAUAAAUGUUCUGUAAUGUCAAGUAUCCAUUAUUAGUAUAAGCAAACUAGCUAAUCGUUGUUAAGAUGGCUCAAUCUAAAUGAUUUUUCAUUUUCCUUUAUGACGUCAGCUUAUAAUAUAAUGAUAUAUUUACCAAUCAUUACAAUUGGCUAUCUCAUUUAAAAUAAUUUUGUUUACCCAAGAUUGUAAAAAGUCACUCAAAUUUUCUUGUCAUGGUUAAAUUUAAAAAAUAAUAAUUAUGUUACACUUGAGAAGUAUGAGAAGGAGAAAUAAGCAUUUGACAAGAAACAGUGCUAUACCAAUAAUACCAUGAGUCUAAAAAAAGUAAUUGAAGAAUUAUUCAGAUGAGCUUCGGUGGAGUUUAAUUAAAGAAUUAUUUUGACAGGGGUUUCUUUUAUUGACAAAUACAUUUCCUUGUACAUUAUUAAUAAAAUACUUUCUCACUAUGAUAAAUUUUGUAUUACAAUUCCAAAAUUUAUUUGAUGCUUAUAAAAUUUUAUUUUCGUAUUCCAAGAAACAUAAUGGGUCGUUCGCAAAUCAAAUUAUGUCUCGCUUUGGGG